AUGGAUUCCCAGAAACCCCAGUUGACUCUUAUCGUUUUUUUGCUUCUAGCUCCACUGACAUGUCUCUCUUCCAGCCUUCCUAGCGAGUACUCCAUAGUGAGUGCUAAUGAUCUUCCUGAGGGCCUUUCAGAGGAAGGCAUCAUUGGAAUCUAUCAACUAUGGAAGAAGAAGCACCAAAAGGUGUACAAACAUGCAGAAGAGGAAGAGAAGAGGCUCGGAAACUUCAAAAGGAACUUGAAAUAUAUAAUCGAUCAUGAGAAGAAUGGGAAGAAAAAAUCAGGUUUGGAGCAUCAGGUGGGACUGAAUAAGUUUGCUGAUUUGAGCAAUGAGGAGUUCAGGGAAAUGUAUUUGUCAAAGGUGAAAAAACCCAUCAACAAAAAGAGAAUUGGAAACAAGAUGAGGCAGAGAAACUUGCAAACGUGCGAUUCCCCUUCGAGCUUGGAUUGGAGGACCAAGGGAGUUGUCACUCCCGUCAAGGACCAAGGCCAAUGUGGAAGUUGUUGGUCAUUCUCUACAACUGGGGCCAUAGAAGCAAUAAAUGCCAUAGUCACUGGAGACUUAAUUAGCCUCUCAGAACAGGAACUUGUGGAUUGUGAUACAACCAUUAAUCAUGGGUGUGAAGGAGGCAACAUGGACUAUGCAUUUCAAUGGGUUAUAGGCAAUGGUGGGAUUGAUACAGAAGCUGAUUAUCCUUAUACAGGUGUUGAUGGUACCUGCAACAAAGCCAAGGAGGAAAACAAAGUUGUAUCCAUUAAUGGGUAUACAGAUGUAGAUCCAUCAGAUAAUGCCCUCCUGUGUGCUACUGUUCAGCAACCCGUUAGUGUUGGUAUGGACGGUUCUUCAUUAGAUUUCCAACUAUAUACUGGAGGAAUCUAUGAUGGUAACUGCUCUGGUGAUCCAAAUGCCAUUGAUCAUGCUGUUUUGAUAGUUGGUUAUGGUUCAGAAAAUGGUGAAGAUUAUUGGAUAGUGAAGAAUUCAUGGGGCACAUUUUGGGGAAUGAAAGGUUAUUUUUAUAUAAGAAGAAACACUAAUAAACCUUAUGGUGUUUGUGCAAUCAACGCUGAUGCCUCUUAUCCCACAAAAGUACCUUCCCCACCAUCACCGCCUUCACCACCAUCGCCCCCUCCACCGCCACCAACACCAGUGCCACCUCCUCCCUGUCCUCAACCAAGUGACUGUGGAGACUUCUCCUUCUGUCCGAGUGAUGAGACCUGUUGUUGCAUUCUUAAGCUUUUUAGUUCCUGCGUAGUCUAUGGUUGCUGCCCAUAUGAGAAUGCUGUUUGCUGUGCUGAAUCUACAAAUUGCUGCCCUGGCGAUUACCCCAUUUGCGAUGUCGAUGCUGGGCUCUGUCUCAGGAGCGAAGGAGAUCGGCUUGGAGUGCCUGCGCGCAAGAGACAUAGUGCUAACUACAAGUUUCCAUGGACCAAGUUAGAGGAAACAAAGAAAACAACCCAACCUGCUCUCCAAUGGAAGAGAACCCUUGGCUGCAAUGCGCUGAAAUAUAUGGAAUAA